CCUAAGGCGGAGGACGGGGCUACACCUUCCCCCAGCAGCAACGAGACCCCGAAAAAAAAAAAGAAGCGCUUUUCCUUCAAGAAGUCCUUCAAGCUGAGCGGCUUUUCCUUCAAGAAGAACAAGAAGGAGGCGGGCGAGGGCGGUGAGGGCGAGGGCGCGGCCGGGGGAGCUGCAGGCCCCGCCGCCGCUGAGGGCGGGAAGGACGAGGCCGCGGGCGCAGGCUCCGCAGCUGCUGCGGGUUCUGCGGCUACCCCCGAGGCCUCAGCGGCCGCGGCCGGGGAGGAGGCCGGCGGGCAGGGCGAUGAAGCCGCUGCCGGGGAAGACACCGGUAGUGGCGCUGGCGAUGCGUCCACGCAGGAGGCUAAAGCCGACGAGGCCGCGCCCGAGAAGGCGCCCGCGGGGGACGAGGUCAAGGGCGCCUCGGCUGAGGAGGCAAAGAAGGCCGAGGAGAAGGCCUCGGCCGUCGAGGAGGUCCCUGCGGCCUCCACGAGCGGUGAGAGCACCGCGGCCGCCGCCCCGGAAGCCGAGGCGGCCAAAGCCGAGGAGCAGCAGCCCCCUGCAGCAGCAGCCACAGCCACAGCCACAGCCUCGACAGCCUCAGCAGCCCCCACACAGGAGGCCCCCUCUGAGUCCAGUCCAGAAGCCCCCCCAGCCGAGGCGGCAGCAGAGUAAAAGGGCAAGAUUUUUUGAGAUAAUCGAAGAACUUUUCUCCCCCCUGUUUGUUUGUUGGAGUGGUGCCAGGUACUGGUUUUGGAGAACUUGUCUAUAACCAGGGAUUGAUUUUAAAGAUGUCUUUUUUUUAAUUUUUGCUUUUUUUUUUUAAAAGAAAAAACAAAAACAAAAUUUUUUCCUCUCUCCCACAGAUCCCAUCUCAAAUCAUUCUGUUACCACCAUUCCAACAGGUCGAGGGAGAGUUUAAACACCUCUCUCUGCCUUGUUCCUUUUAUUUUUUUGCAUCAGUAUUAAUGUUUUUUGCAUACUUUGCAUCUUUAUUCGAAAUGUAAACUUUCUUUGUCAAUCUAUGGACAUGCCCAUAUAUGAAGGAGAUGGGUGGGUCAAUAAGGGAUAUCAAAUGAAGUGAUAGGGGCCACAAUGGGGAAAUUCAAGUGGUGCAUAAAAUUGCCAAGAUGAUGUGCCACAAGAAAUGAUGAUGUAAAGGGGUUAGUCUUUUUUUAAAAGAAAACUUAUUACGAUGUAUUUUGUGAGGCAGGCAGGCGUUCUAUAAGGUUUACAACACUAAGAAGGAAAGAAAAAAUCAAUACCCAGAUUGAAAAAAAAAAAUCAUAGUCUUAGGAGUUCAUUUAAACCAUAGGAACUUUUCACUUAUCUCAUGUUAGCUGUACCAGUCAGUGAUUAAGUAGAAAUACAAGUUGUAUAGGCUUUAUUGUUUAUUGCUGGUUUAUGACCUUAAUAAAGUGUAAUUAUGUAUUACCAGCAGGGUGUUUUUAACUGUGACUAUUGUAUAAAAACAAAUCUUGAUAUCCAGAAGCACAUGAAGUUUGCAACUCUUUCCACCCUGCCCAUUUUUGUAAAACUGCAGUCAUCUUGGACCUUUUAAACACAAAUUUUAAACUCAACCAAGCUGUGAUAAGUGGAAUGGUUACUGUUUAUACUGUGGUAUGUUUUUUGAUUACAGCAGACAAUGCUUUCUUUUCCAGUCGUCUUUGAGAAUAAAGGAAAAAUCUUCAGAUGCAAUGGUUUUGUGUAGCAUCUUGUCUUACCAUGUUUUGUAAAUACUGGAGAAGCUUUGACCAAUUUGACUUAGAGAUGGAAUGUAACUUUGCUUACAAAAAUUGCUAUUAAACUCCUGCUUAAGGUGUUCUAAUUUUCUGUGAGCACACUAAAAGCGAAAAAUAAAUGUGAAUAAAAUGUAUAAAUUGGUUGUGUUUCUUUUAUGGAUGCUUUGAACAGUCAAAGAGGCUUCCAGUCUACUAAAUUUGUGUGGAGGAAAAUCUUGCAUGCCAUCAAGCAAAUUUUUGGUUCUUAAUUAUAUCCACGUUCUAGAUUUCAUAGUAAGCAAUAUCAUGUUGCAUACAACAUUUUAGCCAUUCUAUGUCAAAUCUGUGACACCAUAUUAAUUUCUCAGCACUUAAUACUCAUUAAAAAACUGUACUCAUACCUUUACUUUGUAAAUAUAUAGCAUGCCAGAUUAUUGCCUCUUGAGACAUGUGAUGUGAUCCUAAAGGGCUUCUUGGAAUGUUUAACUUGAGAAUUUCCUAAAUCAUUUUGUCAUCUUGCUCCUUCAAAAAAAAAAAAAAACCUAUGUUUUGUAUUGAGUCAGCUUUUGCAGAUGAGUCAUGAAAAAUGGCAGAAUUUGUAUUGAAACUGGUUGCUUGGUAUUUGCCAUUGUAACUGCUUGGCUCUUGGCUAACUUCCAAAGUAUUGCUCAGGGCAUAUGUUAUACCUUAAUAAAACAGUAGGCUUAUGUAAAAGGUAGUAAUGGUGUUGAAUGGAGGAGAUUGAAGUGUUGUUUUUAAGUUUAUAGGAGAGUUUAGCAUUUGCCUCAAUUUAAAUUUUUCAGCAAAAAGUUGGAAGCAAUUAUGAUUUAUUUUAUGAGGGUGACACAUUAGCACCUUGUUCCCUAAAGGAAAAGACAAAGUUGAGAAUCUAAUACUUAAAGCUUACUUAUUAUUCUGCUCUGAUUACUACCCUACUUAUGACUGGGUGUUUUCUAUUCCCUCUCUUUUAUUCCAAAUUGAAAUGUAUAGUUUAGGAUCUGUAUCAAAUACUAUGACUUCAUUUCAUGGAGAGAGAGUACACACCUGUUCUUGCUGCCUUUAAUAUGAGGAGCAGUCUUUCCAUGCUUGUUUUUUUUUUUUUUAUUAGUGUUUAACAUGGCUAUAAAGUCCAAAACUUAGCACACUUGUGUAACAAAUAACUACAAUAAGUUAGAUUUUUAUAUGUCUUACUAGAAGAUUUACACAUUCUUUUAAAAAAAUAGACAACCUUAAGGUGGUAACUGUAUUAUUGCUUUACAGGUUAUCCACCUUAGAAUUCCCAAAUCAAUAUAUUUGCAGCCCCUAGUUGGCCAGAAUAGCCUUGGAAUGGUGGUUUCAUAGCUUUGGAGUCAAAUGAAUGGUAAACUCUACUGUUAUUCUGGAGUUGAUGAGAUCUAUUGUUUUGAAUAGAUGAUUUAUUAACUGCUGCCAAAAAGUCAGCAGGGCACUUAUGAAGGUGGUAACUUUUCUGUCCUAGUGAUGAAAUGAAAUUUCACAUAUACCCUUUUAUUUACAUUUUUGUACAUCUUAAUGUUAUCUAAAGGGGGAAAUGUUAAUAUGGGCUCUCGUUUUUUGUAACUAGGAAUAAAAUUUAAAGAUUAAAUAAAAUUAAGUACAGUAACGCUGUUGUACCAUUUAGUAUUGUCUACUACCACUACAAUGUUUGUUGGCAUUUGCCACUGUUUCAGAAUGUUUCAGCCAGAUGCAACUACAUAUAAUACUAACCAAUACUAUAAUUGGUUGGUG